CUUCGCAGACGGAGCGACUUGGGGGUUCGGGCUGCGCGGCGGCCACGGGGUGUUCCCAGGCUCUCGCGAACGCGUCUGCGGGCCACAAUGUCGCACCCGUCCCCCCAGGCUAAGCCCUCCAGCCCCAGUAACCCCCGAGUCUUCUUCGACGUGGACAUCGGAGGGGAGCGAGUUGGUCGAAUUGCCUUGGAAUUGUUUGCAGAUAUUGUACCCAAAGCUGCAGAAAAAUUUCAUAUAUUGUGUACAGGAGAGAAAGGCAUUGGACCCACCACUGGGAAACCUCUCCAUUUCAAAGGAUGCCCUUUCCAUCGAAUUAUUAAGAAAUUCAUGAUUCAGGGUGGAAACUUCUCAAAUCAGAAUGGGACAGGUAGAGAAAAUAUUUAUGGUGAAAAAUUUGAAGAUGAAAAUUUCCAUUAUAAGCAUGAUAAGGAGGGAUUACUGCAGUUCUUCAUCACGACGGUUCCGACUCCUCACUUGGAUGGGAAACACGUGGUGUUUGGCCAAGUGAUUAAAGGAAUGGGUGUGGCAAGGAUUCUGGAAAAUGUGGAGGUGAAAGGUGAGAAACCUGCCAAAUUGUACGUUAUUGCAGAAUGCGGAGAACUGAAGGAAGGGGAUGAUUGGGGAAUAUUCCCAAAGGAUGGAUCUGGUGACAGUCAUCCAGACUUCCCAGAGGAUGCAGACAUAGAUUUAAAAGAUGUAGAUAAAAUUUUACUAAUAACGGAAGACUUAAAAAACAUUGGAAAUACUUUUUUCAAAUCCCAGAACUGGGAGAUGGCCAUUAAAAAAUACACAAAAGUUUUAAGGUAUGCGGAAGGCUCGAAGGCUGCUACUGAGAACGCAAGUGGAGCAAAGCUGCAGCCAGUCACUUUGAGCUGCGGGCUGAAUAUCGGCGCUUGGAAACUGAAGAUGUCUGAUUGGCAGGGAGCAGUCGACAGUUGUUUGGAGGCCCUUGAAAUAGAUCCAGCAAAUACCAAAGCACUGUACCGUAGAGCCCAAGGAUGGCAAGGACUAAAAGAAUACGAUCGAGCAUUGGCUGAUCUUAAGAAAGCUCAGGAGAUUGCACCAGAGGAUAAAGCUAUCCAGGCAGAAUUGCUGAGAGUCAAGCAAAAGAUAAAGGCACAGAAAGAUAAAGAGAAGGCAGCUUAUGCAAAAAUGUUUGCUUAAUAAGGAAUUCAGUUUUGCUUAAGUAUGCAUUGAUUGUAUAAAGCGAAUAAGACAAUUUAAGGAUUUUGUC